AUGGCUCCCACAAGCGAGGCUUUAAGCAACAAUGGCCAACCCACGGAAGCGGACCUGCUCAACCUUCACAAGGAUGAUCUGAGUGCACAAUCGCUUGACCUGAAGGACCAUCAUGUUUCCGCCAGUCUGGGUCUGUUCAUCAUACAUAAUGUCGUCCGUCGAAAUCUCCUAGCAUGCUUCGAAAAUGCCCAACAAGUGAACGCAAGCAAUAUAGGCGCAUUCGGUACUUAUGUCAAUUACACGAUGUUUGUGCUAGAAGACCAGCUAGACGCUACUGACACAAUCUGGUUCCCUACGUUUGCCAAGUAUAACAGUCGCUUUGGCCAGCAAAUCGCCGCGCAUAAGGCGCUGAAACCCAAGAUUCAGGAGCUUAAGCUUCUGCUCCAUCCAAGGAAAAGCCUGUAA